GACAGAACAAAGUAACUCGCUGACCGUUGGCUGCGCGGAACACGCGCGUGGACUUGUGUUAACUGACGCGUAAUGGUGCGCUUAUAGUCAUUUGUUUGGAGGCGCUGCGAUCAUCAUGGUGGUAGAGAGGACACUUCUCGCAGCAAGGCAAGGGGAUGUACAAACUCUUAAGGUACAGUUAGCGGAGAAGGUCCUGAACAGUGAUGUGAAAGAUGUGUUGGGAGCGACUCCCGUACACCACGCAGCUCGAGCGGGGAAGCUCACCUGUCUGAGGUAUUUGGUUGAGGAAGCGGGUUUACCGGCGAACAGCCUGGCGAGGAACGGCGCAAGUCCAGCGCAUGACGCCUCAGCCACCGGCAACCUGACCUGCCUACAGUGGCUCGUGACGCACGGAGGAUGUCGAGCGGCCGAUAAGGAUAGCUCAGGGGCCACUGUCCUGCAUCUGGCUUCUCGCUUCAGCCAUCAUGAGAUCAUUGAUUGGUUGCUGAAAAGUGGGGAAGGGGAUCCUACUGUUGUCACGGAUACGGGGGCGUUGCCUGUUCAUUAUGCGGCAGCUAAAGGGGACUUACCCUCACUCAGGCUGCUACUGGAACACAGCCCACAAGUUGUCGAUUUCCAAACUAAGAAUGGUGCCACACCACUAUACCUUGCAUGUCAGGAGGGCCACCUGGAAGUUGUCCAGUACCUAGUGAAGGACUGCGGGGCGGAGCCAAGUAUCAGAGCCAAUGAUGGGAUGACACCGUUGCAUGCUGCUGCCCAGAUGGGACACAACACUGUCAUUGUCUGGCUGAUGAGUUUCACAGAAAUCAGCCUGUCAGACAGAGACAAUGAUGGAGCCACUGCCAUGCACUUUGCCGCCAGCCGCGGCCAUGCCAAGGUCCUCAGCUGGCUGCUGCUGCACGGUGGAGACAUCGUGACCGACAGCUGGGGGGGGACACCUCUUCAUGACGCAGCUGAGAACGGAGAGCUGGAGUGCUGUCAGAUUCUGGUGGUGAACGGAGUGGAUCUGGGAAUACGGGACCAGGAUGGAUUCUCAGCGGCAGACCUGGCUGAAUACAACGGGCAUCAGCAGUGUGCCAAGUACCUCCGCACUGUUGAAAACAUGAGUGUGGGGCACAGAGUCUUGUCCCGGGACCAUUCGACGGAUCUGGAGUAUAAGCAGCCAGACUCAGGCCUUUCCUCUCCCAACACCACCCUGCCCAUCUCAGCCCCUGCUGCGGCCCAUUUUGACAUUUGCUCACCCUCCAGCUCGCUGUCCAAUUACAACUCGGCAAACUCCAGUCAGUCCAGCACUGGAGAGAAGAGGAGUGGCACGCCUCCCUCACGAGCACCGACAGGAGGUGAAAAUUCAGCUAUUACAGACAUGCAGGCCUAUAUGAACAUGCUGAACCCUGAUAUAGACGGCUCCCAGAAUGCACAGGAACAUCCUGCACACCUGCCUCCCCCUCCAACAUUUCCGCCUCCCCCUCCCCCAUCAAACUCCUCCCACGUCCCCCAUCCCCCACAUAACCACCCCCCACCCAAACCACCUGAGGAGGAAGCGUCUGUCGAAUACUUGAAGGUGAAGAGAAACCUUCGCCGAGUGGAGAAUGAUGUAGUCAAAAAAGAGAAACCAGAUGCAGCUCACCCUCAGUCGCAGGAGUGUGGGCAGGGCUUUCCUCCGAGCUCUCAAUCUCCACCAGUAUUUCCGCAUCUGCAGGAUGAUGGCUGGCUGGCCUCGGGUUUGGAAUUGGGGUUGGCGAUAUCCUUCUCAGCGGGGCAGAUGAUAAAUGGAGAUCCACAAUUCACCACCACCCACUCCAUGAAAGUGGUGAAAUCUUCCUCUUUGGGGCCGUUCGCUGGCAGGCAUGCCUUACACUGCUCGCUCAGGAGAGAACAGCUGAAUCCUGGCGAGAGCCACGAAAGACUUUGCAGAGUCGACUCUAACCGAAAGUCCCGCAGCUUCAGCAAGCAGCCCAGCACUGGAGAUUACUACAAAACCCUGGGUAGCGAUACCGCAGACCAGCACCCCAACAGAGCCAUGGCACCCAAUGAGGAGGGUUCUGCACUUCUGGAGGAAGCUUCAGACACGGCGCCUGCUCCUGAGAAUGGGACAGGAAACACAGAGGAUCUACCCCUUCCUCCUCCACCACCUCCUCCAGCCAUCCCGACUCCACCUCCUCCUCCAUGUCUUCCAUCAGAGCUGCCCCCUCCUCCUCCUCCUCCUCCUCCACCUACCACCUCCACCUCCACACCGGCCCCUGCCCAGCGCCGCAUGUCUUCUUCUUCCUCCAGCAGCAAUAAAUCCUUCAACAUGAUGUCCCCCACUGGAGAUAAUUCUGAACUUCUGGCCGAAAUUAAAGCUGGGCCAAAACUGAAGCCAACACCUCAGAGUAAAGGCUACACGACCGUCUUCUCUAACAGUGGCACAGCGGCGGACAAUGGGGAACGUCCGUCAUCGCCACCAGAGCCUCUGCCAAAACCCCAGCCCAAAGACACCCAAUCUGUAAAGCCACAGUCUCCACCGCCUGUCUGUGCACCCACACCACCCACUCCCACCAGCAGCGGAGGCUCGCCCCAAAACCACUCCACCUCACAGAGCAGUGAGAAGCUCACAACUGCCGUCAAUGGAAACACUCCUGCCAUCCAGGGCAAGUCCAGCGCGGUGGACGCUGAGAGUCUGGUGCCCACACAUGAUGAGCAGGGCCGGCCCAUCCCAGAGUGGAAGAGACAGGUGAUGGUGAGGAAACUACAAGUGAAGAUGCAGGAGGAGGAAGAGAACAAGAGAAAGGCUGAAGAAGAGGCGGCGCGCCUGGCUUCAUUGCCUGCCUGGAGGAGAGAUAUCAUGAAGAAGAAGAUGGAAGAAGAGAAAAAAGAGGAGGAACGACGGCGAAUGGAAAAGGAGAACGAGGAGAAGUCGGAGCAGGAGCGACUACGAAUGCUAGGCUAUGAUGAAACCAAGCUGGCACCGUGGCAGCGGCAGAUCAUUUUAAAGAAAGGCGACAGAGCGAAACAGUAGUGAACCCCCAGUCAUCCCGUCACAACUCUCUGUCGAUGUGUAAAUGUAGGACACUGUUCAGAAUCUGCCUGACCCUUUAGACACAAACCAUGCAUGGGUCACCAGACAGCGUUCUGCUCGAGGAGCACUCCAGCACCACGUCUUCUGAGGCUCAGGACGUCCUAAAUGUCACUGAGCUCUGGAGAUGCAUUGUACUGUUGAAGAGGGAAAAUGAAUGAAACCAAUGUUUACUGUGGUCGGGUCUCAUGCCUAUGAUUAUAUAGCAGUCUUGAGAACUAAUAGAAACAUAGACAAUAUAUGUCAAUGAUAGAAAAUAUAUGUCAAGGAAAUCAUAUGUACCCUGAAUUAAGCCCUUUUUUUUUCUUUUUUUUUACUUUGAGUGGUCAUAAUCUGUUAAGUGUGAUUAGUCCUGAACAGAUGUUAUGGCGCAAUGUAUUCUUACAUAAAGUAAGUGACAUUUCUGUUAUGAUGCAUCUAUAUUGCUUAGAUAAAAAAUUGCAAUGUGUAUAUAUAU